GGCCAAUAGGAGCAGGCGUUACAGCGCGGGUGCGGGACGGCGGUGCGAGGAGCAAUGGCGACGAGUGUGACAGGAGCGCGGCACUGAGAAUCCCGGGCCUCGGUCUCCCGGUGACACGGGCACUCAGAGCGGCGCCAUUCGGUGACGAGGUGAAGCGUGCGAUCUGACUGAGAGAGACGACAUCACUGGACCUGAGAGGGAGAGAGAAAUGGAGCAGCACCCGGAACGGACAAAAACUCCAGCCUUCCUGGCCGACCUGGGGAAACCCACCCUGCGGGGCAUCAAGAAGUGCCCCAAGUGCGGGACCUUCAACGGGACUCGGGGGCUGAGCUGCAAGAACAAGAGCUGUGACGCCGUGUUCAGGGACGGGGCUCGCAAACAGCCACCCAGCGUGGAGGCGGUGCGCGUGGUGACCGGUUCGGCCUCGCAGGUCUACUCGGUACGGCUCAGAGACCGGGGUCCGGAUUACAGGGGCUUCGCGGAGCUGUGCACCACAGAGGGCAUGGGCGUGACAGAUGGGGGCUUCCUCACCCAUGUCACCGGUCGCUGCUUUGUCCCCUCAUGCUUCAAAGGUUCCCCCCAUGCGGCCACUGACAGCCAAUGUAAGCACAUCAAGCUGGCUGCCCAGUGCCAGGCAGAGGCCACUCCGCACACCCUCAAAAGCUCAGUGUUGAACUCGCUCCAGGUGCCCGCUGAGACCAAGCAGGCCAUCUGGACAUUAGCCACGGAGUCCAGCGGCCCUCUGGUGCAGAGAAUCACCAAGAGCAUCAUGGUGGUCAAGUGCAAGGCCAGUCAGAAGCACAACCUGGGCUUUCUGCACGUCUCCUUUCACGAGAAGAGCAGGACUAAAGGAGCGACAGAGCGCAAGUUCUACUGCUCCUGCCAGGCCUUCAGGGCGGGCAGAACUGGCCCGAGCGGUCAGGACCCGCCCAGACGCUGCCUCCACUUCUACGCCUGUGUCUGCGCCUUUGCCAGCGACGAGAAGCUGGGCCAGGAGUUCUCACACUUUGUCAACUUUGAUUCCGCUGAUCGGUGCAGGAACCCGGCAGCCCCUCAGCCCAGUGCGGACAGACAUUUACUGGCCAUUUACCCCCAGGAGCAGCUAGCGGCCGUCCCAGGUCCCAGAGCCAAGAGGAGGAGAAAGGAGGAGGCGACAGCGAGCAGCCCACUCCUCACCCUGCAGGACAGCACCAGCAACAAGUUCCGAAAGACUGGUAACAAGAAGCAGUCCGUGUCCGCCACAGUAAAAAGACCAGCCGGGAACCAGUCCAUUGAUGAGUCGCAGGUGACGCUGACAUUCCAGGACUGGCUGGCCAGCGUGAGCGAACGCAUCAAUCAGACUAUGCAUUACCAGUUUGAUGGGAAGCCGGAGCCGCUGGUGUUCCACGUGCCUCAGGUUUUCUUUGAUUGUCUCCAGCAGCGGAUUUCUCUGGGCAGCAGGAAAAAACGUCUGCCCAACUCCACCACAGGUUUUGUGCGGAAAGAUGCCUUGCCCUUGGGGACCUUCUCCAAGUACACCUGGCAGAUCACCAACGUACUGCAGGUCAAACAGAUCUUUGAUACGCCCGAGAUGCCCCUGGAGGUGACCCGUAGCUUCACUGAGAACCGAGACGGUACCUACCAGCUCUUCAAGUGCCCGAAGGUCCAGGUGGAGAGCAUCGCGGACGCCUACACCCGCGGGGAAAAGCCCCCCGCCAUCCGGCCACUCGAGCUCAAAACCUUCCUCAAAGUGGGGAACACAUCCCCAGAGCAGAAGGAACCCACUCCCUUCAUCAUCGAGUGGAUCCCGGACAUUCUUCCCAAAUCCAAGAUCGGGGAAAUGAGGAUCAAGUUUGAGUUUGGCCACCAUCGCAACGUGUACAUCGAGUACAGGGACUCACUAGCCCCCCCCAGCCUGGAGCUCAGCCCCGCUCCCACGCUCCCCCCCCGCAACAGGCACUGAGGGGCAGUCCCUAAACUAA